CUAAAAAUAUAUGUUUUUGAAAAUCUCUCAUUUUUUCUUGAAAAAAUUAAUCUUGUAUGUGAGUGAUUCUUCUAGUGGGGGAGUUUAAAUAUGAAAACACCUCAGAUGUUUUAUACCUCAUAUCCUACUUUGCAAAGUCUCUAAAAGGCUGCUUUCAUAUCCUCGCAGGAGGAGAAACAGGAACUAUUGUCUGACUAAUACAAAACAAUUUAUUGGCCCUGUUUGAGCCAAAGUAGAUCCAGAUUGACUUGAAAGGAUUGUCAAACUAUUAAAAAAAAAAAAAAAAAGAUUUAGAUGGAAUUUCAGGGCUGUAGCAAAAUGCAAAAAUGGGCCUCUUUGGUGUGGCUUUGGGCUUGUUUGGAAACAUCUUGUAGAGCUUGAGAAUUUCUUUUGAUGAUCAGCCUAACUUCACUUUUCUUAGUUUAAUUCCAUUUUUCCUGAUUGCAUUCCUUUGCCUCACCCUAAAGAGAACACUUGCUUUCAGCAGUUGUUUACACUUUCUAGAUCUUUGCACUAGGUUUGCUGUCAUGCAUUUUUUAUCACAUUAUAGCAAAAGCUUGCACAUUCAAGGCAAAUUCCUUAAAGGUCAGUUAUACAAACCUUCUAGUCUUUUUUGCUGUUCUUUCUUAAUUUUCCUUUUAUUUUACAAUACCUUCCAACUUUCAAACAGCUUUCCUGAUUUUUCUGAUGUGCUACCAGUGCCUUUCUGCUGUGCCACUUCCUUCUCAGCUCCGCAAUGCAAUGCCAUGGUACCUGCAUUUAUUAAUUAUUACACCUUUCCAAAGUUUUCAGUAGUUCAUAGGUCUUUGCUCAAGAUCAUUAUUCUCCCAGUGUGCUAACUUGUAAUUUCUAGUUUGACCCUCAUUUUGUAAUUUUCUGCUAAUAUUUUAUGCCUUCAUCUCCCCAGCAGAGACUGUAUUUUUCUUUGCUCACUACAUACCUUCCCAAUCCUGCUGCAAAUUCAAUUUGCUUGUUGCUUGACCCUUUUGCUAUUAACAAUUAGCAAUGAAAAUACUUCAUCACCUUAUAUUAUUCUUCAUCAUGGUUUAGCUCCUGUGCUUUCUAUUUCUAUUUUUGCAAAUGACUUAAAAAAAAAAAAAAACUGAAAAAAUAAGCAAAUGCAAAACUGUGGUCAAAUUAUCGGUUUUUGUAAAAUUAACACAGAUCUAGUCAAGUCAAGUCAUUGGAAUUUAUUGAUUUAACUAAGAGUUUGACCUUUAGAUUUCUUGUUACCUUGGACAAUUUUCAGAGCUACACAGUGAAUAAUAUGAAAGCAGAAGACUUUUGCAGAAAUUGUUUACCCCACCUACAGAUUUAGUUCUUUGUCAUGACUAAGACGUGGCUAAUUGCUCAUCUCAGAUGGCGUUAUUUUUAUUUCCAUACAUUUCAUAGUUAUCACUCCAGUGAUCAACCUAUCAUACAACAUUCCAGAUGGGUUUUCUGAUGCAGUCAGUGCAGCAUGAAAACACAUAAACAUAUUCUCUGUACUCCAAGUUUGCAGCAGAAUGCCUGUGCAACCUUGCAAAUUACAUCUGACCUCUCUGUUUCCCGUCUGUUUAAAAUGUGAACAAGAGCAUCGUCUCUAAUUUUUCUGUAUUAAUGCAGAUAAAUGUUUUUGGAGUGCUCAAAUAUUAGUGAUAUGAGAGCUGUAAAAGAAAACAGGAUGAUUUACAUUGAGAACAUUUAUGGAAUAUAUAUGUUAAAAGACUCAUUAGUCUCUAAACGGACAGAUAUUGCCCAUAUAGCAUUAAGGGCAUUAUACUGCAAUGCUGUCAAGCCUCGUGCGGAGAAACAAAAUCUUUAGUCUUAGUAGGGCAACAACAGACAGCUCUUUGAGGGAGAAAGCAAAGGAUGUUUGAGUACUUAUCCAGGAUAACAAAAUUGCAACAUCAUUCCAUGGAGUUCCUUAUUUGGCAGAUGUAGAAAGUCAUGAACAGAGAUUGUGACUCCACUAAAAUCUUUCAACAAAUUAGAGGAACCAACCUCCCAUGACCUCACCCUGACUUUCUCAAUAUGCAGAUGAAUUACUCAGCUGUUUAGUGCAAAACUACAUGAUGGCAUUCUGGGCAGAAGCAGGCAGGUGUAACCAUCAUGUUGCAAAAAUAUAAAUGAGGAAAGGAAUUAAAACAGAAAAAGACCUAGCUGUGACUCAGGAAAUAUCUUCCUGCUUCUGUAGCUGAUCACAGAGCAGAGGGUGCAACUAUUGCAGUUGGUACAUGUUAUUAAUAGUCAAGACUCUUGGUGAGAUCGCUAGAGGAUGCUGGGGAGUGUCCAGCACCUCUGGGAGGUCUCAGCUGCCCGGAAUUCCAUGUCAGCUGUGGGGGGACAAAGGUGCAGGGCCAAAACCUAACAGAAUUACCAUUGUACAAGGUGUGAGAAGCAGUUGCUGUUCCAAGUAGUGAGGUAAGCACUGAGGAACUGCUCCUGACCUUUCUCUUGGAAACAGGCAGGUAUGUGUAAAUCAAUCACAUUCUGAUCUCCAAAAAGAUACAUUUGCAGGAGGAUCAAUUGUGGACACACAAAUCAUUACAAUCAGCUGCAUCAGAAAAGAACCAAAGUUGCUGCUGUUCUACACAGCAUGUUCAACAGCUCAGAAAGCAGUUUACCCCUCACAGCAGAUGUAUUAUCACAAAACUGACCCUCAGAAAGCUCUCACCAGUUGGGAAAGCUUUCUAUAGAGAAAAGUAGGGUCAAGAUCACAACUGUAAUCAUAAGUAGUAAGGUAGAUUCAUCUGAAGUGCAAAUGAGAUUUUCAUACUUGAGUAUAUAACUGUUUAAAGAGGAAACGUCAGUGACUCAGUAGGCUGAAUUCCAUUACUGCAAUAUAUUAAGUGUAUACCUCUCAGUGGAGGCUACUGGGGCUCAGUGCUGAGAUAUGUUCUCUCUUGAAAAUGGCCUUGAGCAACUCAUAAUUAAAAGCUACUGAUCUACUGUGGGCCCCUCCUCCUCAGACAUAGUGUGUUUCCCUUCUCCCCAGCCCAUUUGCAAGAGGAAUGCAUUGGUUUCAAAUUCCUUCAGUCUAGCUUACAGUUUAGUUGGCCCUGAGGAUGGGAGGGUUAAAACAUAGAGCUGCCAUAACCCAGUCCCACUUAGAUUUUAUGUCUGAAUUCUCAGGCUUCUUAGUGGGCCUGGCUCUUGUGAAAUCUCUGGUUUCAAACUGUGUAUGUUGAAAUUUCUGCGUCUUGAGGAGCAGAAAUAUUCAGGAGGUUCAUAUCAUCUCUUGGGGCACUCACUACUCUGCAGCAAUCUAUCGUAAUAAAUUCUUCUACAGACUUAUGUUGUACAAAUACUUAAUUUCUAUUCUGAAAUAUGGUGCAAAUUUUAAUGCACAAUUAUUUCAUAAUCUACCUUCUAUUGUCUGAAUAUUCAUGAUGCAAUGAUAUUUUUCAUUCUGUACAUUUUCACUCUCUCCCUAUGCACAGAAGGUAAGGACUGCAUUUCUUCUCAACAAAGUUAUAGAGAUUAGAAAAUGAAAAGGGCAUUUUGUUACUUCUUGUUUUCCACGAGUUUGUGAAAAUAGUUUAGCAAGCAAUGAGAAUAAUUACACCGUUAUCAGGCAAAAGCCUGAAUAAGCUGUCAGCCACUACAAAUGAUCACUGCUCAGUCUGAAAAAAAAAGCUGCUCUUAAAUUUUUCAGAAAGUGCCACAUACUUCAAGCUGACUUACAUAAAUCAUGUUGGGUAUUACAAUACUGAAUGAAAAAUUGACCAGUCACACUAGCUUCUAUUCCAGCUCCUCUCAGCAAUGACUUAAAAGUGAAUACAUAGGCCAUUUCUCACAGUACUAGGAUUUCACUAUUUUCACAGCACAUAUUAAAUGACAUUUUGCUCUUCAGCUGUGUAGACUGUUCAGAGAGUAAUCAAAAUAAAAGAUAUGUAUUAUUUUUAAUCACCACAAACAAAAUAAAAGAAAGCUUUCCAAUCUUAUGUAAAGCAUUGUGUCUGAAUAGACUGGAAAGUGAUUUUCCAGAGUCUACUGGGGAUUUCAUUUCUUAAUGAAAGUAUUAGGCAUGAUUAUUUACUUCUCCUAAAUUUAGGACUUCCCUGAGACACAUAUAAUAGAUAGCAUCAAUACCCUGUCAACACCACAGGAAUAUAAACCAUUAAAAUAGAAUAAAGCUAAGCUGCACUUGAAAGAUCGAACAACUUUGCAAUGCAUCAACUUUUCUUUUUGAUAAUGUUUUUUUUUACCUGCUAUGCCACGAAUGUCAGUAGUCUCCAAGUCAAAUUUGUUUACUGCACGUUAACAGUCCGCUCUAUAUACUAUCAGUAUUUGCUGGCUUUCCUGCCACAGUGCGAUGUUGUUCCUCUAAGUCCUCUAUACCAUUCAGACUGCAUAAUUGCCAUUUAGUUCUACUCCUAGAUCUGCUAAGGAUCUUUGUUCUUGUUGACAUGUUUUCAGUCGCUUUUGAAAGCUGAGGUAGCAUCUCUGAGUAUGGGGAGACUUACAUUAUACAACGGGACCAAUAUGAAGAAAUUAAUAUCUUCCUACUUUGAUGUCUAAUACUUCUCCAAAUUUCACAUAGCACAGUGUUUUCUGACCACAUUUAGUGUCUUCUUUGAACCAUACACCCACUCACCCUUUUUAAUCACCUCUAGCAAGAGUCUAGCGGUAGCUCAAAGCAUCAAAGCUAUAUCCCAAAUAUCUGGAAGACCACACAGAAUAGUAAAAUAUUAAAACAAACUUAAUCCAAGGAUUCUCAGAAGCUCAGGAAAAAAGAGUUUUAUGGAAUUUGUCAGCAGCCCUUCCUGAACUCCCAAUACAUGGAAUGGAAAUGGAAUUUGGAGGUACAGGAGGCUACAGGCACAGAGUGAAUCAAGUUAUCUACAACUAAGUUCUGCCAAUACUGAGUUCCCAGUCAAAUGAUCUUACAGGUGAACAAGGUGAUGUCCAUCUUGUUUUAUGUGAUAUUUCUUGCAUAUCUUCGUGGCAUUCAAUCUACAAACAUGGAUCAAAGGCAUUUGCCAGAAGAUUCAAUAAAUUCUCUCAUUAUUAAACUCAUUCGGGGAGACAUUUUGAAAAACAAGCUUUCUAAGCAGAUGGUAGAUGUCAAGGAAAACUAUCAAAACAUAGUGCAGAAAGUAGAGGAUCAACAGGAAAUGGAUGUAGAUGAAAAUGUGAAAUCAGACUUCCAGCCAGUUAUUUCAAUGGAUACAGACCUCCUACGGCAGCAGAGACGCUACAACUCUCCUCGAGUUCUCCUGAGUGACAACACACCACUGGAACCACCACCACUGUACCUCACAGAGGAUUACGUUGGAAAUUCAGUGGUAUUGAACAGAACCUCUCGGAGGAAAAGGUAUGCAGAGCACAAGAGCCACCGAGGGGAAUAUUCUGUUUGUGACAGUGAAAGCUUAUGGGUCACGGACAAAUCAUCCGCUAUCGACAUUAGAGGACACCAGGUGACUGUGCUGGGAGAAAUUAAAACAGGCAACUCUCCAGUUAAGCAAUAUUUUUAUGAAACAAGGUGUAAAGAAGCCAAGCCUGUUAAAAAUGGCUGCCGAGGCAUUGAUGACAAGCACUGGAACUCCCAAUGCAAGACAUCCCAAACUUAUGUUAGAGCACUGACUUCAGAAAACAAUAAACUUGUAGGCUGGAGAUGGAUAAGAAUAGAUACCUCCUGCGUGUGUGCAUUGUCAAGAAAAAUAGGAAGAACAUAAAUCCGCAACUCUUUGCUAUAUAAAUUAUUACUUUAAAUUAUAUGAUAUGCAUGUAGCAUAUAAAUGUUUAUAUUGUUUUAUAUAUUAUAAGUUGACCUUAUUUAUUAAACUUCAGCAAAUCUACAGUGUAUAAGCUUUCUCUCUCAUAAACAAGACUAAAGGGUGUGUGCCUCUGUUAUGGGCAACUCCAGAUUUUUUUUAAACUAUGUUUGUGACACUGUUCGUUGGCAGAAUACCAUAACCUGACUGUAAAAUCUGUGUAAAAUCAGUAUUCUUCAUUCAGUAUUGUCAAACCAGUGAUAGUCAUUUAGAACACUUGUUAAAAUUCACAUCAGUGUCAAGAGUUGUGUACAUAUUUAUAUCUCUCACUAUACAUUCACAUUUAAUUGGAUUCAGUAUCAACUCCUGGCUGCCAAAACAAAAAAGAACUAAAAUAUGAGUCAUAGCCUGCAGCUGAUAUUAAUGUCAGAGGCAUCAAGGCAUCAAGUAGCUGUAAAAUACAAAUGAUGUUUAUCAUGUCAGUUUUGUCAAAGAAAUGACCAUUUUCCCUGUUAGCAUUUCAGAAUGAUUGUUUAUAAUCCAGCAAGCACUGUUGUUUUUAAAGCACAUUAGUUUUGCAAGUAUUUCUAAUGCUGCCAAGUAAUCUAAGAAACAAUAUUUAAAAAAUCUAAAAUAUUUGUAACUAAAAUAAUGAGACCGAGAGCAGAUCUAAAUGGAUCAUUAAUUUAAUACAUAAAUGAUUAUUUCUUCAGGAUAUAGUAUUUAUUGUGAUUGACCUCUUCUUCUACACUAAUCCAUUAUCUCAUGCUUGAAUUUUAACAUCAUUCUUCUCUGUAUGAGUUUUUAAAUUAGAAACAAAGCCAGUGUUGUCUUAGUGUUAAAAGAGCUCUUGGCUUAAGAACUGUAAAGAAAGAGAUUAUAUCCUGGAAUGGCUUUCAAAGCCACACAGCCAUAUGAAACUGUUCUCCUCAGCAACACAUUGCUCACUUAUAAUGGAAGAAAAAAUGAGUUGAACCUCACAACAAACUUAGUACCUUUCACAGAGACAUAAAAGAUUUUAUUUUUCUUUUUGAGCCAUAUUGUGGAUAAAAUUCAGGUAAACCAUAGCUAUAAUGAAGUUAUUCAGUCACACAGGUGUGUUGUUAGGGCAGAAAAACUUGCUAAAAUAUACCUCAAACUAUUUUUUGCAUUGUCAUGUAGCUCUGUUGGGGACACUAAUAAUUAUGCUACCUGAAGAUAAGGUCUAUUCUACAUUAGCUGUAUUAUGUUCUGGUUGGGAUCUUACUGUCAUAAAAGUAAAUUAGAGUCAUGUCAUGGAUUUCGGUCAACAGAACUAAGAUUGAACCACGUAUAUAAUCUGUCCCUAGCUAGUUCUUAAUCCACAGUCAGUGCUCAAAACAAAGCCCUUCAAAAAAGCAGCUGUAGUGGUCUUAAAUUUCUACAUUAUGGCUUUCAUUGCUGUAGCAUGUUCCACAUCAGAAAUGAAAAUGAGAUCAGAGUAUGCAAAAAUGUGGUGAUAAGGUGACUUUAUUCAUAAAAUUUUCAUUACUGGAGAAUCAGCUUUGAAUCUGCAACAGGUGAUCAAUGCAGCAAAUUGUGUGGUCUCCCUUAAUCCCUUGCAGAGAGCCUUACACAUCAUAAAAUGGACAGGUUACUCAUACGCCCAAGCAGGGUAAUAGCUGACACUCUGAAAACUAGACUGGAGCAUGGAGGUAUAAUUCUGGUGGGGAGGCCACAAAAAAAGGUUUUUUUUGAGAACUCUCUCAGUUUUCAAUAUGAGGCUAGGGUAUUUCCCUCAGAGGAAAUGUCAUCAACUCAGUGGACUAAAACCUAACUCUGCUUCAAGCAAUAACAGCAUCAGAGUUUUAAUGCCAAAGCAAUCAUUAAAAGGGAAGGGGUGAUAUAACAAGCAACUCAGUAUCUAAUAAAUGUGAUUAGUUUUUUUUUCCUGAAUUCUCCUUCCUUGAAAAAUGAGGAAAACAAAAUCCUCAACAGAUCUUUUGCUAUUUUUACUGGCAGAAAAGUGUAAGUUACAAUAAUCCCCAACUAUUAAUUUUUCUGUUUGUGAGAAGAAGUAUAUUUUUAAGAGGCCUGUCCCACUGAAAAAAUUUCCAGGUUUUAAACCUAAUUUUACACCCAAAGCUCCCAAAUAGAUUAUUUUCAGACGUAGUGAAUAACUGAGAGCAGAAAUAGUCAUGUAUCAUUAACUUUAGAGAUCUCCAUUCGUCCACACAUCAAUUAGGUCUAUAUCUAUACGAGAAGAGGAAGGAAGAGCACUAACUGACUUGGAACUGAACGGAACACUGUUGCUUACAUCCCAUUAACUGGUGACUUCAUUGUUCCUGGAGUAUCAAUGGUGCUCUUGUUUACAUCACUGUAUAUCCAGAGAAAGUAUACUAAAUACAGGUGAGAAAAUGUAUUAUUACAGCAAUGUAAUUAACAUAAGAAUCGAUUCUAAUCUCAUUAUUUCUACCACUGAAAAUCAAGGGAUAGUCAUUCUUUAUAGGUUUAAAGAAAACAAUUUAUUGUUCUAAUUAAAGAAAGUUGUUAUGAUUCUUAACUUCACCAAUGCAUUGAGUGUUUUCUAAUUGCCCAUCAAAAACACAUCAGAGUAAAUAUAACACCAAUCAUCUGAAAUGUAUUAAAUAGGAAAGAAACAGGGUGCAUAAGGUUAUGAGAUCAGCUGCCUCUUUCUUACCUCAGUUUAGCAAUGAACAGAAGUGUUACACUUUGGAUAUGAUCCAACUUCCAUUGAAGUCAACAAAAAAAUACUGUGGGGAAAGUUGCAUCAGGCCAUGAGUGAAGAAAAACUUGCAGAUCUCAAAUCAGAGGGCAGAGCAAUUGCACACAUUAGUUACAUGUUCUUGUAAACCCUGUGUACACAUAAGAUGCUGUAUAAUUUUGUAACAAGUUUGUAAACAAAGCCUGUAAUAAAUUUGUUAAAGCUUA